AAUACGAUGUACGUAGCAAGGUCCAAAAACUCAAAAUAAAAAAACAAUAAUUGGAAGAGUUCCGUCGUGUCCUGUCGUUUGCGAGUUCGAAAUUCCAGGCCCCUUUUGGUGCCGAUCGCUAAAGUUCCAAGCUCCCCCGCCGCCCUCCGGCAAAACUAUUAUCAGAUUGUCAUCGCUUUCUUCUCCAUCGUCAACUUGGCCAAUGUCAUCGUCGAAGCAUCUCCAGAUCAACAACUACUCCUGAACAUCUAUCAGUUUUCCCCGUCCCUACUGAAAUGGUCUGUAGGGACAAUCGCCCCAGUGAUGAGAUUUACAGCAUAAUCUGGAGUCAAGAUUUCUCGCGAUGCGAAUAGUGUCAAAUGAUAGCCUGUUAGUGGAUAGUUCAGAAACAGAGCCCAUCUUAUCUCAGAUUGCUAUUGUUGAGGAAUCUGAGGACACUUCACAUUCAACUGAAAUUACUGAGGAUUGUUUGGAGACUGCUGGUGACUUGCCAAGUGUUGGAGUCUACGAAAUUCAAUCUUUGUCACAUGCUGAACUGUCCCAGUGUCGCAUAUGCUUGGACAAUGAAGGAGAAGAUCUGAUUGCGCCCUGCCAUUGUAAAGGAACACAAAAGUAUGUCCAUAGAUCAUGUCUCGAUAACUGGAGAUCAACUAAGGAGGGAUUUGCUUUUGCUCACUGUACCGAAUGCAGGGCAAAGUUCAUAUUACGGGCAAAUGUCCCACCUGAUCGCUGGUGGUUGAGAUUAAAAUUUCAAUUCCUUGUGGCAAGAGACCAUGCAUUCAUUUUUCUCGUUGUUCAGUUGAUUGUAGCAUUCUUAGGUAUACUUGUGUACAAAUUCUACGGAGAAGAACUAAGGGAAAUGUUUGGCUACCGAGAGCAUCCAUAUGGCUUUUAUACAAUGGCAGUUUUGGCAAUUGUACUGGUGGGUUUGCUUUAUGGUUUCUUCAUAGCAAUAAUUUGUGGACAGAGAAUUAGUGAACGUCAUUAUCACGUCCUUGCCAAAAAAGAACUCACAAAGGAAUAUGUGGUAGAAGAUCGGGAAAGGUUAAUGAAAGACGUCCCAGAACUUGAUCCUGAUCACGUUACAGAGCUAAGAAUGCUGGGGCUCUAUUGAAGCUCAUGGCAAUCUAGUCAUUACCUCACCCUCACUGGAUUUAAAUAGCUAUAGUUUAAGCGGGAGAAUAUGGUUGUGCUGCCAAAAGAUAUUGAAGCCCGUAGAGUGUGACAGGGUUUUUCGUAGGGUUGCAGAUCUUUUCAUAGUUUUUAAACCACCCAAACAUCUGAUAGGUCAAACUUUCAGAAUUGGUUUAUUUUGAAAAGUGAUGCAUGCCAAAAAGAGUUUCAGAAAAACUAUUUUUCCGUAAUUGUGUUUGUGUUUGGACAACUUAUUUGAAAAGGGCUUCUAGUACUCUCUCCAUUUCAAUUUAUUUGUUUUCUUUUUAGUUGUUUCCAAAACAAUGACACUUUUCUAUAAGGCUAUUUUUUUAAGACCACAAUAUUUAAGUCAAUCAAACUAAGACAAACAGAUUGAAACUGAAGAAGUGAUAAAAUGGAAUUUGUGUUCAAUUUUUUAGAAGUGUUUUU